AGCGCCGCACUCCGGGGUCGGUGGCAUCUGCAGCUCUCGGUCCGCGCGGCCGGGUGCAGCCUCAGUCGCCGCUGCAGCCGCCGCCGCGGGGCGGUACGCCCUGGCGAGUGCCCGGCCCCCGGCACGGCGGAGCGAGGCGGCUGGUGCUGAGCGACAGCGCCUAGCCUUGCACCCGCCGCCGCCCGGGCAGUGCGGGGCCGGCAGGGUUGAGCGCCGCGGAGCGAGGUCCCUUCGGAAGCCUCCCUGUUUCCGGCGUCCCGAAAACACCAGGUCAUUCUCUUAUUUCAGCAGUCGGGUGUAACUUCAGAGCUGGGAAAGAGUGAUUGCAAGGCCAAGAAGGAAGAGAGGACUCUCACCACCACAUUUCAAAGGGAGUCCACUGCCAGAACCCUGAUUACUUAUUUGGACAAACAUUUCUCCAAGGUAAUGUUUUAUGGGCCAUGUAAUAAAGUUACCUUACCUGGUACCGAGCAUAUGGUAGAGGACGAAGCACUCCGCGCCCAUGUUCCCACCUUUGAAGGACUGACGGACUCCAUCAGCUCGUGCCACUUCCUGCUCCCACCAUGGGACCCCCGGGGAGCAUGCUGAGCAGCGGGCAAGUGCAGGUCGUCCUAUGGGGCAGUUUGGCCACCGUCGCCACUUUCUUCCUCAUCAGCUUCCUCAUUUUUCUGUGCUCCAGUUGUGACAGAGAGAAGAAGCCGAGGCAGCACAGCGGGGACCAUGAGAACCUGAUGAACGUGCCUUCCGACAAGGAGAUGUUCAGCCAUUCAGUCACUAGCCUGGCCACAGACGCGCCUGCCAGCAGCGAGCAGAACGGCAUACUCACCAAUGGCGACAUUCUUUCAGAAGACAGUACUCUGACCUGCAUGCAACAUUACGAGGAGGUCCAGACCUCAGCUUCGGAUCUGUUGGACUCCCAGGACAGCACGGGGAAGCCAAAAUGUCAUCAGAGCCGGGAACUGCCCAGAAUUCCUCCUGACAGCGCAGUAGACACGAUGCUCAACACAAGGAAUGUGGACGGGGACCAGGGCCUUGGGACGGAAGGGCCGUAUGAAGUGCUCAAGGAUAGUUCCUCCCAAGAAAAUAUGGUGGAGGACUGCUUGUAUGAAACUGUGAAAGAAAUUAAGGAGGUGGCAGCAGCCGUGAACCCAGGGAAAGGCCACAGCAGCAGGUCAAAGUCGACUUCCACUCUGAAAGAGCUUCCGGGGCCCCAAGCCCCUCAAGCAGACUUUGCUGAAUAUGCCUCAGUGGACAGAAACAAGAAGUGUCGACAGAGCGUUAACACAGAGACUGUUCUUGGAAAUUCUUGCGAUCUGGAAGAGGAAGCCCCACCACCUGUCCCCGUGAAACUUCUGGAUGAGAAUGAAAACCUUGAGGAGAAGGAAGAGAGCGAGAGAGCUGAGGAAGGAGCCGCAGAGGGGACCAGCGAAACCAACAAGAGAUUUAGUUCAUUGUCGUACAAGUCCCGGGAAGAGGACCCAACUCUCACAGAAGAAGAGAUCUCAGCCAUGUAUUCAUCAGUAAAUAAACCUGGACAGUCAGGGAAUAAAUCAGGACAGACUCUUAAAGCACCAGAGUCCAGCUACACCUCCAUCCAAAGACCCACUCAGAGAUCCCCCUCUUCCUGUAAUGAUCUCUAUGCUACUGUUAAAGACUUUGAGAAAACUCCAAACAGCGUCAGCACGCUCCCACCAGCAGUGAGACCCAGUGACGAGCCUGAGCCUGAUUAUGAAGCAAUACAAACUCUAAACAGAGAGGAAGAAAAGGCCACCACAGAGACCAAUGGCCAACGUGGCCUUUUCCCAAAAGAGAAUGACUAUGAGAGCAUUGGGGACUUGCAGCAAUGCAGAGAUAUCACCAGGCUCUAGCAACCCAGAAGACAAGCCCACACAACAUACGAUUGGCCAGCUGGGGGCAUUUCUUCUGUGGAAGACAAGAAGCGGUAUCAACCCCUACUUUAUGUGCUGCUCUAGUAAUCUGACAACAGUGGAAGAUGUGGAGACUGCUUCCUGGGGUUGGAAACUGAGGUACGUACCUGACUGCCGCCGAGUUUGCCUCUGCUUGCCAGGGCACUGGCAUACCCAAGCACACCUCCCUCGUGCACCCUCACCCUCCGGAAAGACCCCAGCUGUGCGUGAUUUCACCCUGGGAGUGAGGAAGGCGGAGCUGCAAGGAGACCUGCGUUCAUCAGGACCCGCGACUCCACCUGCCUAAGACACUGCCAUUCCCAAGAGCCAGGUCUUUUCCUCCUUUCUUCCCUUUUCUGCUGUCUGCUCCUCACAUUUAAAUGUAUGGCUUUCUUCUCCCUUGAAAUCUUCCGACUUCUAAUGGUUCAUUCCAAGAAAAUUCUCCCACAAGCCUUGGCCUUUGCCUUCAACUUCAGUAUUUUAAGAUGCUAAGAAACUGUGGUUGCUGGUUACUGUCAGCUCCCAGUCCUCUCUGAGAGCCGCACCUGGGUGGCGGGGGCGGGGGGGAAGAACCCCGCAGGUGGGCAGGACUGGGGCUGCCCCAGAGCUUCUUAGACCUUCCUACAUCAGCAAAGUACUUGAAGUCAUUUUUAGAUGGUUUAUUUUAUUUUUCUAGUCAAAGCGAUUCCCCCCGACCCCACACCCCUCCCCCCAGUAUUUGAAACUCUUCAGAGCUUUUUCAGUAUUUUCAGUGAAUACUGUGGUACUUCUAUACUUGUUUUAGCCCAGAGCCCAUUCCUCUGAAACAGAGAGCCUUAAUCUCUAUGUUGGAACACAGACCACAUACUUGGACGGCAGCCAUGGCGUCCAUCUCUGAAGGGCUGUGGACUUGAAUGUGUAUUUCUGAUGACCCCUGCUGCCACACCAACAGUGUGAGAUUUCAUAGGUUAACUGCUACCCGAAGGUAAUCUAUCUGAAAUUAAAAUGUAAACAUUUAUUUUUGUUAUAUAAAUUUAUAAGAUGUUUUAUGUUUAACGCCUAAUUUCUAGAAAGUGCCAGAAAAAAAUGUAUAUUAACUAUUUUGAUUUUAUGUACAAUGAUUUAUACUCAUUUUGAAAAAACACCAUAAAGCACAUAAGCUAGAUAAUUACACACGUAGUUGUUAUCUGUUUUCUAAUCAAGUGUUUAAAAUACUGAAGGUUUUUAAAGACUUAACUUUUCAAAUGGUACUUGGAGCCCUGGUCAAAGUCAUCUGGCUCACUAGAGAGAGAAGUGGAAUGAACAUAAACGAUCAUCUUUUGUGGUGGGCAAUACUGAAAUAUUUGAAAUGGUAAAAAAAAAAAAUGGAAGAAUGAAAUGUGACUAGGGAUGACUGCAUUAUUAACCUCAUGAAGGUAUUAUAAUUCCAUUAUAAGAUUUAGUUACACUUUUAAGAAAAUUUACAGUGAUGGAUUCUGCAAUCCAGUGCUUGCAAAUGCAAAUUGCCAACUGGGAUUUCCCCCCCCUUCAUUUUACAAAAAUCAGUGGCUGAAAUAACUCCAAUUAAGAGCUCAGCCUGGUUUGAAUUUAAUCAUCUCUUCAGAUUUUAUGAGGCUAACAUUGGGAAACUUGUUCGCUUUCCAUUUGAAAAGGACCCUGCUAUUAUGCGGUGUGGUUAUAGCAAGGGACCCUUGCCUACACUUGUAAAGAAAAAGAAAAAAGGCAAUUAUUCUAUACUGCUGUGACAUCUCUGGCUUUUCAGACUCAAUAACCUCACUGUUCUCACUCCUUAUGACAAAGGAUGCAAUUGGGAGGAUGAAGCACCUUGCAAAUGGUAGGGACCAGCUCGCUGGCAUGUCUUUCCCAUCCCUUGCAUUCACGGCUUGAUUUUGUGACUGCUCUGUAACACAUUUCUGAAAUUGUGAAAUGAGCUUUGUCGGGGUACACUGCUUGGCUGUCAUUAUUUUGCAGUCAGCCUGGUCUCUCCCACGAAGACCUCGUGAGCCUAAGCACAAUCAUCACUGAGUAGAAGGAAAUGGCAGAAUAACCUGGGACUGGGGGAAAGGUUAUCAGGAAGGUGCUGAGGUCCUUGCUUUCUGAAUUUUUAUCUUUCGUAAGCACUGUUUUUGCCUGGUGGUUUUCUUUGCUUACUUAGUAUGAAUGAGUUUGACCCAACAAUCUCUACAGCAUGGGGUUCCUUUAGCACCUGGUGAUGGCCGUGUCACAUCUCACGUACCUGGUAUUGUGCUUGUGGCAAUAAUGUCCUUUAUGAGCGCCUGACCACUCAAAAGUUUUAUUGUAUUUCCUAAUGUCUUUAUUGCCAGGGAAGUGGGUAUGAUCUCUAAAGUGUAAAAUCAUUUCUAGAGAGAAAAGUUCUUUAUAAAUAAUCAUAUCAUCUUGAAAUUUCAUUAUCAGAAUUUCCCCUCAGAAGUUCUGAAACAAAGGCUAUGCAAUAUAGCCAUAAAAUAGGCACUGAAAUCUCUCUCUUGAUUUGAGAAUCUGUGCUAAGAAUAAGUUGCGAUUUAAAGUAUUAUAAGUAUAUUUUAAAAGAAACUAGAAGGCCCUCCAGUACAAACCUUAAAGAAAAAGUAAUAGCACAAUCCAUGAGGGCUGGGGGAGGGAGAAGCAGAGUAAACUUUAGGAACUGGCUCUGCUCUUGAGACCAUUGGGUACCUAACUGAAGUACAUUUAUUGAUGUAUCAUCAUCAUGGUUUUGACCUCAUAGUACAGUAUUUCAUAAAUUUCAUCAUUUUACUUUAUUCAUUGAAAAUCUGUGCUAGUCUUUGAGUGGGACAAAAGCCUAUGGCUUCUUGAAAUAAGUUUCAUGUUCAGCUAAAUGUUAGAGUUUAAAUGUAUGAAAGGUAAUUGUUAAAAAAUUUUUACUAUUCAACUUUGACAUCCAUAUUAUGCAUUGUUAUCAUUUAGGUUAUGUGAAAUCUCACAAAUAAGCUUCAGGAAAUUUUUUUUUGUUUCAUAAGUCAGAAUUAUAAACUCGUCUUGCCUAAAAGUAGAAUCUUUGCUUUUAGUCAGAUAUUUUGAAAGUUCAGAAGAAUAUUUUACGCUGCUUUUACUGUUUCUCAAAUGCAGUCGGCAGGAAAGUAUGACCUGUUUUAUGUGAAAUGUUUGAGGAAAUUUUAAAUUCUAGAAGAAAGCAUUUUUGCUAAUAUGUGGGCCACAUACGUUUUUUUUUCCUGUCCUUCACUAAAUUGCAUUGUUAGGUCUAUUAAAGCUUUUGAAAGUUCUGCUGUCCUUUGUGGGGAAAAGACUAAUUACUGAUUUAUCUGCCCUCAAAAUCCAAGAGUUAAUUUUGAGUGCUAACAAUAGGCAGUCAACAUAAAGAACUAAAAUUUAACCUCAGGAUGUCACUGGAUUUCUUGUAUUAGAUUUUCAUUUUUCUAAUUAGAGCAUUUACUCUAACCAGUGAUAAACUGUGUAUGUGUGUGUUUAUGGACACUGUCCAUAUAUGUUUACAUAUACACACAUAUACAGAUAUAAAGGUGUUCUGGUGCCUGAUGAGCGAGGAUACAUCCUAUUAUUGGAAUGUCUACCCUACUGGUGAGAUGACUGUUGUCAUCAAAGCAGAACAGAAAAAAGUUAUCCAAUAGUUUUCAUUUAGUAAUUACAAGACAACCUUCCUAUGUUACCCUCAUAUCAUUUUUCUAAUUAAUAAAUUCAGAUUCAAAAUUGUGUCCAUCAUCCUCUUAGCUGAAAAACAGUGGUAUUUGAAAAUAGUUUUCUUAUGUAUGUGGCUCAUUACGUAUUCAGCAUGACAGGAGGAAAUGUAAAUAGGCAUCCUUCAGAGAUCAUGUCAAGAAGAGAUCUGGCAGAAAGCAACAAGAGCCACCUGAGCCAGGAUGGAGCCCCAGCAAGGUGACCCCCCAACUGGGGGACAGAAGCAGAGGCCUGUUAUCACACUGUUGCAUCUUCUUUCGUUGUCUUUGGAAGCCAGGAGAGUUUAGCGCAGAGCCAGCAAGCGAUGAGGCAGUGUGAGUACGGAACACGGCUCAGAGAUGGGGACGUGGAUCAUCGCAGAGCUGCAGCUCAAGACUCAAGCAGGAUUUUGUAAAUGAGUAAGUGACAUUUUGUUCCGUGCUCCUUGUGCCAGUCACUCUGAGUCCGUGUGAUCUAGUGAUGCCAUUCUUCUGAAAGUGUUGGGUUCUGGUACCCGGCCAGCUUCGUCUGGGCUGCUGGAAGCACCGUAGUCACUGAUAGUUCUUUCCUGGAAAUCUUGACAACCUUAUUGUGCUGUAUAAUUGGGGAAAGUUCAAGUGUCAUGUUUGGUGUUAAUAAGUGACUGAUGUGAAAAAUAGGAACAUGUGUCUAUAAUAUCAAAUAUGGCUUUUUUUUUUUUGCAGUGAAAUCUAUAUUCCUUGUCCUGUGGUAGUAUUUUCUUGUUCUGUGUUGUACCUUAAGUACAUUAUUCUUGACAGUGGCGUUGGACAAGUUGAACACACACAAAGUGUUUGACUUAAAAAGAUCAGUCCAGAAACCAUGCUAAAUUAGUCUUCAUCUGAAAGUAUGAAAGUAAAUUUAAAAAACCAUGGUCCAGAAGAGAACAAAUAUUCAUAAGUGUUUUUUUUUCCCUCCUGCUCCUUUUUAAGUCUGUUUGUUUACAUCUAGUCUCUGAUAUUUACAAAGUAUUCAUUGUUUUCCCAGGUUUUUCUUUACUGAACUAAGAAAUAGUAGUUCAGAUUUCUCUUAAUGCCAGAUGAAAUGAGAAAUGUUACAAUUUUUAUUAAAAAGGCAAUUUUUUAAGCAUUUGAUAAUCAUUUUAUCUUAAUGCAUUUAGAUUAGAUUUUUCUUUGCUCACCACUUACAUGCUAUGGGUAUUUUUUCUUAAAUGUACUCGGGUUGUCUCCUUAUGUAAUGGAUUAUAAAGGCUGGUAAAUGGUCAUUCCUCAGACUUCUAUGUGUUAGAUUGGCAACAAUUUUAAUGUUACCUUUUAAAUAUCAUGUAUUAUUAAUGCACCUCAUGUUUUCAGGGCAAGUUUGAAAUAUAGCUGAACAAACAGGAAUGUGCAUUUCAUUGUUCAUGCAUUUUUUCCUCAUAAAAAUAGUUUCUCAAAAAAGUGACCUAUUAUCUCUUAGGUGGUCCUGAUCAGUUUCAAAGUACUCCUCUUGCUCAAAAAUGAUUCAUGACAGUGGCAUUUUGACUCAUUGUCUCAAAAGGUCUUUGUCAUGGUCAAACUGUCCAGUUCACAAAAGAGUGGGAAAAUCGUUCCCAAUACCGGGAAUUUUUAAACCUUCGUUUUAAGUCUGAAAAUCUCUCUUAUUGGCUUCAACAUCUUGGAAUAUUUUCCCCUCCCUUACUCUGGUCCUUUUAAGGAGGAAAUCUGCAGCACAGGGACAUGCAGCCACUCUUUCUUCCAAUCUCACUUUGGGUCCUCCGGCACAGAUGACCUCCUGCCACUUCGCACAGCACCACGCCUGUUCCUCUUCCCCACCCUGGCCACUCUCUGCUAUUCGUAGGACAUUCCAACAUAUCUUUUCCCAUAUGGACACACUCCUCAGAUCACAGAUCCUGCCUGCCAGCAUAGAACCUUCCUGGCCACCACCCAGUGAGCAAACAGCUCUGCCCAACUCACAUUUUCCUGUGUCACCAGCUGCUGAGAUAAGGCCAUAGGUCCAUCUAGGGAAGCAGAUGCUGGGUGUUACUUGUCAUGGGCUUUGCUAAACCAUGUUCAUUCUUACCCACCCCCUUCAUGAGAAUGGUUGGCACUAGGGGUCAUGGAAAAGAACUUUAAAAAGUUCUGUUGAGGACUCAAACUCACAGUUGCAGGGGAAUCAGCACCGCACUCUAGUGAGGAAGCUGUCCCCCACAAUGUAUUGAGACCACCCUGUGUCUCCUAAGCUCCAGGGAAAUUAAGCCCAGCAAUAAUAGACUAAUACUUAACUGUAAAGCAGGAGGAUGCUCAUUCUUUUGAGGAAAAACACCCCUUUCUUGUAAAAAUUAAACACUUAUCAAGUAAACUGAGUGUAACAUUUUUUUUUAGCCUUGUAGCCACUGUAUCCCCUUCUGUCAGGAAAUAGUGCUUCUGAAUUACAUUAGUUAUAACUAGUUUGAUCUACUUUCCCAGGUGUCAAGGAAAUAAUGUUCAAGCAUCUAGCUGUGGCGUUACCAAAUACUGAGAAUAAUUUGGCCAUUUGUAGGCAAACUGUCCGAUGUUUGAAGUGAGGAACCAGAUCCCUUUUCAGCACUCAGCUAGGUGGACGGGUGAUACAGUGGCUGCGGGGUCUCACUUUUAUACAGCUAAGGAUCCAGGGUGUGUUUAGUUCAACUUCACUCUAAGUCACAGUUCAUUACUUGGAUGGGUAUUCUAGGGUGUCAUUUCCCCCCCAAGUUAACUGAUAUUUGCUCAUUCCCUUCACACAUUUAGUUUUUAAAAGUUCACCUGGUGUACCAGUUGGGCACCCGUACUAGGACACUUCAGGCUGAAGCAGAGACCAGUCUUGGCCCCUGGAGCCAACAGUAAGGAACUGUCUUACUGUAAUGUCUGGUUUGGUUUUGUUUGUAAACGCAACAAUUUGGAAACUAUGAGUUUAAAACAAACUUUUUUCCCCUUCUUAAGCUGAAGGAGAAAAAAAAAAUUUAAUUUUAGAUCCCAUUUAGGGAGUAAAGGCUUCUCUGAAAGACAGCCGUGUUCUUCUUUAGGUGAAGAGGCUAAAACCAAAAGCCAAGUCUGUCUCUAAAUAUUCCUUUGACACAUUUUUACGUAUUUUUCAUGUAAAGCCCAUAAUGAAAUCUGAGAUGAUGUUCAUGACCUAUCCCGUAGGCCUGCUUGGUUUUUUUUUGUUUUGUUUUGUUUUGCACUUUUUUUUUAAAUAUAGGCUUUUCUUGUUUUUCCUGGAGCCCUGCUAGAAACAACUGCAGGGGGCCACUCCAUGACCGCGUCCUGGCGUCCUGGCAGCACCAUUAGCCCGGCUUGCCGCUCAGAGAGAAGCGUGUGCCAAAUGCCAGACAAGCUUUUAUGUACAAAUCAACAAGCAUUGGAGAAGUCCUUUAGGCCUUAGAUUUUGACAUUUAAAACAACUUUUUGAGUCCCAGCUACAUAUCUGAUGAGGGGUGGAGGGUUGGGGAGCAGGACAGGGAUUAGACAUAAAAUGUGAACUAAGUGACAUGGGCAAGACUUCCCACUCCUUAGGUCUCGGUUUGUGUGUGUCUCUGCGAAACAUAUUAUCCCAGCUCCCUAUCUAUCUACCACAUAGUUGCUUAAGGAGCAAACUGCAUAGAAAUGAAAAAGAUGACCUUAAAGACUUGAGUUAUUUUUAGAUAUCUGCUUUGUAAACUCAGGAAUAAGCCUGGCUUAUGAAUAGCAUAAUGGUUACUACAGCUGUAAUGUGUAGGUAACUAGAUACAUCCUUUCAAAUAAGUUUCAUUUAAAGACCUAACUGUUAUAACUGGGAAAAGAAACUCAUUAAAAAAAAAAAAAAAGCCAACAAAAAAGGCUGCAGUAAAAGAACGUGGCAUCAGUCUAUCAUCUGCCCCAGAGUGCUUGUUUCUUGCCUGUAGUAUAGUUUUUCAACAAUUUUUAUGGGAGAAAAAAAAUGCACAUUUUUUUUUCUUGGAAAAGUGAAUUGAGGUAUCGAAUUAAAUUCUCAGAGAGGACAACUUAAAGAGAAGCAUUGGAUUUAGAGAUGAGCUCACAGCUCUGUGGUCCCUGUUCCAGCACUGACUUUACUGUGUGACCCUGAACAAAUGAUUUAACUACUCUGUGCCUCAGUUUCCCCAUGGACAAAAUGGGGAUAAUGAUACCAACCAUUGCCUACCUCAUAUGGAUGUUAUGGGGACAAAUAAGAUAAUAUAAAUACAAAUGCUUUGAUCUCUGGAAGAAAGGUGCUAUAUAAAUUAAAGGUGUUGUUUUUAAUGAUCCAGUUAUUAUGUUUAGGGUUUAAAUAAUAGCAAUACUGUUAGUCAUGUUAAGAAUAAGUUUCAAUUCAACACAUAAUUACAAUUCUCUUCUGUGGCCAAAUCUUGAUCAUCCAGUAAUGGUACGUAAGGAACUGAAAUGGGUAUUCGUUUUCUGUGUGUUUCUGCCCAUAGUAUUUCUAUUCUGAAUGUUCCCAAAAGGCUGGAGUUUAACUUGUAAUAUCUUAUCGUUUACAUGUAAUGAAUCUUAUUCAAGCUGUGUAUAAAAGUAUAAUUACAUGUAAAUAGCAGGUACAUUGUAAUUAAAGGCACUUAUCAAAU